AUGUGGCUAUACGUGCAGGAUCUAUCUGAAGAGAUGGCUCUUGAUGUAAAUCCAUCACACCUGAAAGAUCUGGAUCUGAGUAACAAUCAACUAGGAGAUUCAGGAGUGAUUCAGAUCUCUCAUCUACUGAAGAAUCCACAGUUCAAACUCCACAAACUCACAUUAUCAGAUUGUGGUGUAAGAGAGGAAGGUUAUGCUGCUCUGGCUGAAGCUCUGAGAUCAAACCCAUCAUCAGAGCUGAUGGAGCUGGAUCUCAGAGGGAACCAUCCUGGAGAUUCAGGAGUAAAACCGCUUGAUGAUUUACUACAGAAUAAAAAAUCUAAACUGAACACACUGAGGUUGUUGGGUGCUGCUGCAGAAGAAGCUUUUAAUGAUCUGAAGAAGGUUGUGAGUAUAAACCUGUUAGAAGAGAGGAAGUUUGAUCUAAGUCAGAAGAUACAUGGAGAUUCAGGAGUAAAGAAGCUCUCAGAUCUACUGAAGGAUCCACACUGCAGACCCACCACACUCAGACUCAGUCAGUGUAAUCUGACAGAUGAAGGAUGUUCAGCUCUGUUCCAAGUUCUAUCAUCAGAUUCCUCCACUGUGAGAGAACUCGACCUGAGUAACAAUCAGAUUCAGGAUUCAGGAGUCAGACUCAUUUCUGAUCUACUCAACAAUCCAAACUGUAAACUACACACUGUGAGAUUAUCAGAUUGUGGUGUAGGAGAGGAAGGUUAUGCUGCUCUGGCUGAAGCUCUGAGAUCAAACCCAUCAUCAGAGCUGAUGGAGCUGGAUCUCAGAGGGAACCAUCCUGGAGACUCAGGAGUAAAACCGCUGUAUGAGUUACUAGAAGAUCCGGACUGUAAACUGAAGACACUGAGGUUGUUGAGACCUGAUGCAGAAACUGGUUUUGAAUAUCUGAGGAACAUUGUGAAUAUAAACCCGUUACUGCAGAGAGAGCUGGAUCUGAGAGAGAAGAUACAUGGAGAUCCAGGAGUGAAGAAGCUCUCAGAUCUACUGAAGGAUCCACACUGCAGAACAACUAAACUCGUGUAUGUAGAAUGA